AUGGAUCACUUCCUGACAAAACCUGUGAGGCCAAGCGAGCUGGAGACGCUUCUGCGGCAUGUGGAACAGCGAGGGGUGAUGCUCCGGCAGGAGGUGGUGCGGGGGAGAGAAGAGGCAGAGGCUUUAAGUGCUAGGGGAGAGAACCGAGAGGAUAGGGCGGAGCUGCGAGGGGUGAUGCUCCAGCAGGAGGUGGCACGAGAGAGAGAUAGAGAGGAUAGGGAGGAGCAGAGAGGGGUGAUGCUUCAGCAGGAUGUGGUGCGUAGAGAAGUUGUGGAGGCUAGGUUGGAAUGGCGAGAUGGGGAGGAGAAAGGGGAUAGGGUGGAGAAGAGAGGGGUGAUGCUCCAGCAGGAGGUGGUACAGGAGAGGGGAGAGGCAGAGAUUUUGAGAGGUGGAGGAGAGAGGCAGAACCGAGUGACGAGGGAGGAGAGCAAGGAGAGGGAGGAGAGGAAGGAGAGGCAGGAGGGGUUGGAGAGGGAGGAGAGGGAGGAGAGGGAGGAGAGGGAGGAGAGGGAGGAGAGGCAGGAGGGGUUGGAGAGGGAGGAGAGGGAGGAGAGGGAGGAGAGGCAGGAGGGGUUGGAGAGGGAGGAGAGGGAGGAGAGGGAGGAGAGGGAGGAGAGGAAGGAGAGGCAGGAGGGGUUGGAGAGGGAGGAUAUCAUUUCUGUACAAUGUCAGGAUGGUGUGGUGGAGGAGGCUGAGCUGGCACAUAGCCCAGAGGACAUGCCGCCACUGUCAAACAGCCGAAAGAAGGACGAGGAGGAAGGGGCGGGGCGGAGGGCCAUGUCAGAAGGGUGGAUGCGAGGCUUGCUGACAAAGAGGCACGUGGAGGAGGAGCUUAUUAAGGAGGAGCUCACAAAGGAGGAGCUCACAAAGGAGGAUGCGGCUGACAGGGUCCUCCUUUUGAUCGUCUACUUCGCAACCCUUGGCCCUCCAUUAAAGCUCGUUCCACGAGCCACCCAGCCCUUCGUUUCCGCCCCUUCCGCCUUCCCGUCCGUCCAUGUAACUAAAGCUACGGAGGCGGACGGGCAGUGGUUGGCAACGAGCGUGCAAGUAACAGUCGUGCGGACAAAACGGGAAGCGGGGGCCUCGAUUGGCAAAGAGAAGUACGGAGAGAAUGACAAUACGCAGCAGGGCAAUGAUGAUAAUACCCAGCAGGGCGAUGAAGAUACGCAGCAGUGGGAUGAAGAUCCGCAGCAGAAGAAAUCGGUGCAGCUGGCGCAACUGGCUCCGGAGGCGCAAUGGGAGCAGGAGCUGUGGCCAAAACGGGAAGCCGGGGCGUUGAGUGGGAACGAGAAGUAUGGAGACAUUACGAAUCAGGAUCGAGAUGAUGAUACGCAGCAGGGCGACGAAUAUACGCAGCAGAAGAAAUCGGUGCAGCUGGCGAGGGAGGCGCAAUGGGUGACGGAGCAGGAGCUGUUGCAUGAGGAGGAAAUGCAGGCUCUUCGGAAGCAGGAGGAGCGCGCGCAGCAACAGGAGCAGGGUGCGCCGCAACAGGAGCAGCGCGCGCAGCAACAGGAGCAGGGUGCGCCGCAACAGGAGCAGCGCGCGCAGCAACAGGAGCAGGGUGCGCCGCAACAGGAGCAGCGCGCGCAGCAACAGGAGCAGGGUGCGCCGCAACAGGAGCAGCGUGCGCAGCACCAGGAGCAGCUCACGCAGCAAAAGGAGCAGCGCGAGCAACAAAAGGAGCAGGAAGCGCAGCGAAAAGUGCAGCGUGCGCAGCAACAGGAGCAGCUCACGCAACAAAAGGAGCAGCGCGCUCAGCAAAAGAAGCAGGGAACGCAGCAGCAGCGCACGCAGCAAACCCAGCAGCAGGAACAACUAGGCCCUCAGAAACAGGAGCAGCAGCAGGGGCAAAAGAAACAGGAUAGCACGGAACAAAUCAAACCAAAGCGGAAACAUCGGAAGAACGUCGAUGUGCCCCCCAGCAGCAGCAGCACUCGCUUAGACACUUCCCAUGCCGCCUCUCAAGGCGCUGUUGGCGGGGACAAACGGAAGCGCGCGGCCAGGGGGGGAAGGGACGCGGGUGGGAAAAGGGGCGGCGGAAGUGCUGGCAGGGGCGAGAAGCCCUCGGCUGUGACGGGCGAGUCUGCUAGUAACACCACCGCGACGGCCACCACCCCCGCUGCUCUUGAGACGUCUCAAAAGUCGGAUGCGGAAAGGGGCGGCGGUAGAGUUGGCAGGGGCGAGAAACCCACAGCUGCUACGGGCUCUGCUAGUAACACCGCUGCGACGGCAACCCCCAACCCCGCCAGAGGGGGAAAGGACGCGGGUGGGGAAAGGGGCGGAGGUAGAGCGGGCAGGGGCGAGAAGCCCAGGGCCACGACGGGCUCUGCUAGUAACACCACCGCGACGGCCACCCCCGCCGCUUCUCUCGACAUCCCUGCCACGGCCGCCGCGAAAGCAUCUGGUGCGGCGGAUUUACCUGUUGAAAUGGGGGCCUCCGCGAGCGUAUCUGUGGGGGCUGCGUGCCAGGGGCGGGCGAUUUACGUGUACCCGCUAUCGGCGCGCUUCAACCAGUGGAUGGUGGACGAUUGCUUGGAGAGCCACUCGGCGGACUUCCUGUUUAUCCCAGCGUACCUGGGCUGGUCGAUCUGGUCGCUCGUGGAACACGGGCUCUUCGUAGAUCGGGACCAGCCGGGAAUCGAACUCGAGCGCUAUCUUUUGGAAGAAAACCCAGAUUUCAAGAGGCUAGUGGAUCAAGGGAAUCAUGUGCUGGUGCUCGGCCGGCCAAUUUGGGACUUCAGGAGGGUGAAAGAGUGGGGCUCGGAUCUUUGGUGGCGACCGACCUUCAAUAAUGUCACACUGCUUACUGUAGAGGCCACACGGGAGUGGUACGGCAGAGAAGUGUUUUCCAUUCCUUACCCGACAUCGUUUCAUCCUGUCGGCUCGGCAGAGCUGCAGGGUUGGAUGAAUCACGCUCGUGACCACGCCCGGCCGUAUUUGUACGCGUUUGUAGGCGGCAGGCGGGCUAAGGAGACCAUAGAGGGUGCGCUGAGAGGAGCUCUACUGCAGGAAUGCGAGAACGAACCAGAGAAAUGCUUACUUUUGGAAUGUUACAGUGCUGAUGCGGAGGCGGUAACUGAAGCAGCAGCCGAGAUAGGCCGGGAGGCGGCCAGUCGAAAAGCCAAGACAGCAGCAGCAGGAGGAAAAGGAGAGGGAAUAGCUGAGAAUAUCGAGGAGGAAGAGCCUAAGGUGGAUCUUCCUGGAUGCACCGAUCCCAGGAGAGUUGCUGGUGCAAUGCUGCAGUCUGAGUUUUGUCUACAGCCAGUGGGAGACAGCCAAACCCGCCGGUCCUUCUUUGACUCGAUCAUAGCAGGCUGCAUACCGGUGGUGUUUUCCACGGAUACUUUUGACAGCCAGUAUCCGUGGUUCUUUGACCCGAAGCCGGAGGCACGGCGCAAGAUUGCAGUCAUGGUGGACCCUGAAGAGGUGAUUUCAGGCCGAGUGAAGAUUGGGGAGGUGUUGGGGAAGAUAUCUGUGGAAAGGAAAGAGGAGAUGAGAAAAGAGAUGCGGCUUCAUGUUCCAAGACUGUUGCUGAGAGAUCAUGCAAGAGAGGGAGAGGUGGGAGAGGAGGGACUUUUCGAAGAUAUGGAACUGCACAGAGCAACGGAGGUGUCGGAUUCAGCCGUUUCUGUUGACGACGUGGGAGCAAAAAUGAGCGGCCUGGACCCUGAGGAGCCAUGGCAACAGAAUCAGCAGGAACAGCAGAGCCAGCAGUAUGAGCAGGAGGAGCAGGAUGAAAAGAAUCGGCAGGAUCAACUGAAUCAGCAGGAUGAGAAGGAUCAACAGAAUGAGCAGGGCUCGGCAGACUUCCUGUUCAUCCCGGCGUACCUGGGCUGGUCGAUCUGGUCGCUCGUGGAACAUGGGCUCUUCGAGAAGCGAGACGACCCGGUUAUUGAGCUGGAGAGGUAUUUACUCGAGGAGAACGCGGAUUUCAAAAGGAUGGUGAAUCGUGGCGACCACGUGCUCGUUCUCGGCCGUCCGAUCUGGGAUUUUAAGCGCGAUCAGGAUAAGCCUGAGGGAUGGGGGACUGAUCUGUGGUGGCGACCGACCUUCAAGAACGUCACACUCCUUACAGUGGAGGCUCCUCCCGAGUGGUACGAACGGGAGGUGUUUUCUGUUCCCUACCCGACCUGCUUCCAUCCGGUAGGCUCGGCAGAGCUCCAGGGAUGGGUUCGGCAUGUUCGGGAGCAGCCUCGGCCAUACCUGUACUCGUUUGUAGGCGGGAAGCGAGCGCAUGCGACGUGGGAGGGCUCGCUAAGAGGGAUCUUGCUGAACGACUGUGAGAACGACCCUAAGAGAUGCAUCUUUUUAGAGUGUACUGUUGCUGACGCGGAGGCGGCAACUGCAGCAGCGGCGGAUAUAGGCAGGCAGGCGCAGAAACGGAAGGAGGAGAGGGACAGCAUGGAGGGGAAGGGAGAGGAAGAUGAGAUUGAGCCAGACUUUCCGCUGAGGGGAUGUAUGGAUCCUAGGAGAGUGACAGGUGUCAUGCUUCAGUCCGAAUUCUGCCUUCAACCAAUCGGGGACAGCCUCACUAGAAGGUCAUUCUUUGACUCGAUAAUAGCAGGGUGCAUUCCUGUAGUGUUUGCUCCAGGCACGUUUGAUUAUCAGUACCCCUGGUUCUUCGCUAUUGGAGAUGAGGCUCGGAGGAACGUGUCGGUGAUGGUGGAUUCAGACGAUGUGAUUGGUCGGAAGGUUAGGAUCGGGGAGGUGCUUGGGGGGAUUUCGGAGGAGAGGAAGAGGGAGAUGAGGGAGGAGCUUUAUAAGCAUAUUCCGAGGCUGCUUCUAAGGGAUCAUACGAAAGAGGGGGAGGUGGGAGAGGAGGGUGUGUUCGUAGAUAUGGUGGAUAGGACCAUCGAAGGAUUGAUUGAGAGGAAGAAGAUGAGGAGAGCUGGCGUCGCCGGGAGCUAUUUCCCUUUGUAG